CGCGCCAGCCGGCCGCGCCAUGUCCGUACGCGCCGACCACCGCGACCGCGAGCGGUUCUCGCGCCACUCGUCUCGCGCGUCCGUCGACCUCGCGUUCCCGAGCGGGUCGGCGCGCGAGCACUCGUUCCGCUCCGUGCACUCGGUGCGCGUGCCGCGCGCGGCCAGCGAUGACCUGAUGCUGCCGGCGCGCACGCUGCGCUCGGCGUCGUGCCGCGUGGCGCCGGGCGCCCCGCACCGCCUGCGCCGGCACCACUCGUCCGCUGCCGAGUGCGAGCGCGCGCGCCGCAGCCGCCGCCACACGCUGGAGCUGCCCGAGAGCCGCGGGCCCAGCGUCCGCAGCCGCAGCCCCGAGCCGCCGCCGCUGCCGCCGGAGCCCGAGGCGCCGCCCGAGGAGGCCGGCAAGGAGGCGCGCCGGAGACGCGUGGUGGCCGCCGUCGCCGCCUCGUUCUUCGCGCUGGCGCUCGCCUCGGUCCUCGUGGUGGUGGUCACCCUGACGCACAGCUCGGUGCUCCGCUCUCACAACCAAACGGCAAAUUCGCCAGGAGAACGAGCGCAUGAUGCACGACGUCCUGCAGGCGGGAGUCUUAAAUCGCACCCGGUCGUCGGCGGCAUCCCGCUGACGCCGCGCUACUCGCCGCGGCCGCGCCCGGACCACGCGCGGCCGGCCGCCGCGCCGCCCGAGCCGCUCGAGGCGGACCCCUCCACGCCGCCCGAGCCGCUCGACGCCGACCGCGCCGACCACGCCGACCACGCCGACCCCCCCGCGCCGCCCGCGCCGGUGAGCGCCGCUCGCGCGGGACCCACGUGA